UGUAUGUGUGUGUGAGAGAGGGAGAGAGAUUCCCGGGAAUUAUCGGUUAAAGUGGCGAUAUCAUCCCCAAGACCCCUUGGCUGAACAACUCCUCUCACUUUCUUCAUCUAUACAGAAUCCAGAAGCUGCGAAGAUAAAAAUUUACAAAGUUUGGUUCUCAAUCUGGGUAAGCAUCACCCGAUUGUCUCAUUAAUCUUUGCUUUUAUGGCUGGCUCAUUUCUAGGGGUACAGCUGAUACGUGUACACGUAUAUGUGCCGGUGUCUGAUUUGCUUCCUAUUUUGUUUGGUUCCUUAGAAAAUGUGGAGAAAGGAAAUAAAUUAUGACUAUGAAUCUCAAAUUCUGGGAAUUACGGAAACUUAUAAAAGGAAAAAGAAUUAAAAGACUACCCAUAAACUAAGCGUAAUUCAGCUGUUUGAGUCGUUGGGUCAAGUCCAACACUUUCACAAUACAAAGCAGGAAAAAUGACACCCAAAAUUCGCCUUUUGUUUCUUUGCUUUAAUCUUGUAUAGCAACUAGAGGGAGUUUUUUUUUUUGAAUGACUUCUGACUGAAUGUUUUGGUUGAAUUUGUUGAAAAAUUCUUGUCUGAUAUGAAGAUGAUGAUGUCCAAUAUUGAAUCUGAGAAUAGCAGUGGUGAGGAUUUGAGUAGUAGUUUGUUAUUGCGUGAUAUUGAGGAAAUAAGCAAAGCCCUUUAUCAACACAAAACCCCUCCUAAGGCUUUGCUUUCUUCAUCCGAUCAUCGAUCCAAAUCUGCAUGUAAAACCCGUGUCUCGGCAUCCAAAUCGAAAGUCUUUAUUGAAGACUUGUUGCACAAGGAGAAGAAGUCCUCGAUAUGGGAUUGGAAGCCCUUGAAGGCUUUGACCCACCUUUGGAAUCACCGGUUCGGUUGUUGUUUUUUUCUCCAUGUACAUAAUAUUGAAGGAUUGCCACCGAAUUUCAAUGAUCUUAGUCUCUGUGUUAAUUGGAAACAGAAGGUUGAGGUGUUGCGAACUCGCCCGGGGCGAAUUUGUCAGGGGUUGGUUGAAUUCAACGAGACUUUGAUGCAUCGGUGUUCUGUAUAUGGAAGUAGAAAUGGGCCCCAAAAUUCAGCGAAGUAUAAGCCAAAGCUCUUUUUGCUUUAUGCUGCUGUUGUUGGGGCUCCAGGUCUUGAUGUUGGGAACCACUGGAUUGAUCUUACAAAGUUGCUUCCACUUACUUUGGAGGAGUUAGCGAAGGAGAAGAGGAGCUCAGGAAAGUGGACAACGAGCUUUAAGCUCAUGGGCAAGGCCAAAGGUGCAAUACUGAAUGUUAGUUUUGGGUAUUCUAUGUGGGGGGAUCACUCAUUUGAAUCGAGCAGUUAUGUGGAAAUUGCUGAAUUUGCAGAGAAAAGUGGGCCAAGAACAAUGGACAGUGUUGCUGAUUUUGGUCGGACUAGAGGUAACAGCAUGCUUCGGAGGCUUGGGAGCGUCCCAAGCAAUAGAAACCACGGGUCUCACCUCUCUUCUCUGUCAUUAGAUAUAAAAGUUCUCGAUGAAGUUUUUCGAAACCAAGGGUCGGAGCUUGCUCAGUCGAUAACUUUUCUAUAUAAAAAACUUGACGAGGGAAAGCUUGGUAAUGCCGAAGAUUUUGAUUUCUUUUAUGGACAAUUAGAUCCUGGCUCUCCACCUGAGUUCUCUGGUGAAAAUAUCAGAAAUAGUUGUGAUAAUACUGAGUUUACUGUAAUUGAGCAGGGUAUAGAAUUGCCAAUGCAGCAACAGCUAAAACUAGAGGAAUAUGCUGUUCAAAGUUUAGAUUGUACUGUCAUUGAGACUAUAGAUGUCGCUGAGAUCUUUAGUAGUGAUGGGACAGAUAUUGAUGAAAAAAUGGAAUGCAAUUCAAAGGAUGAACUCUCCGUCAGUCAGCAAAAUAGUGUAAUCAAUGGUUGUAUAUACCAAGAGAAUGACGAAUGCAACAAAGGACCAACUGUUGACGGACUGGAAUCAGUCCUCAAUUUGUUGAUUUCUGAAUCCGCAGAGUUGGAUUCUUUAGUAGAUGUAAACAAGUUUGUUGAGCAAGAAAAUUGGAUGAUGACCAAUCCAAGUUACAAAGCAGGUAAGAUGGUUAAAUCACUUAGCUUGGAUGAUGUUACAGAAUCUGUGGCAAAUGAGUUUUUAAACAUGAUGUGGGUUGAGAGGAGUCCCUUAGAUAUAGACUCUGGUGGUGAGCCUGAGUCUCCCAGGGAGCGUCUUUUGAGACAGUUUGAACAAGAAACCCUGGCUUCUUGCAACUCCAUUUUUGAUUUGGAUUCAAUGAUGGAGCAGGUGGAAUUCAGUGGUGCUGCUUCAACUAGCUAUGGGAGGAGGGACUAUUCUGGCGAUUUUGAUUUGUCAUUGGUUUGUCAAGAACCAGAGAAGGAGCACAGUUGGGUUAGCCAGUCUUUGAGAAGUAAAAGGAAUGUCAAAUUGCUUGAAAACCUGGAAACAGAAGCUUUAAUGCGAGAAUGGGGUUUGAAUGACAAAGCAUUUCAAAAUUCUCCACGGGCUAGCUCUGGUGGAUUUGGAAGUCCGAUCCAUCUCCCUCCUGAAGAGCCACCAGAAUUACCGCCUCUUGUAGAAGGCUUUGGUCCAAUUGUUCGAAUGAAAGGUGGAGGGUUUUUGCGGUCUAUUAAUCCCUUGCUUUUCAGGAAUGCUAAGAAUGAUGCGACCUUGAUCAUGCAAGUUUCUGGCCUAGUUGUACUACCUGCUGCGAUGGGAUCAAGUAUUAUGGAGAUAUUGCAGUGCUGGGCAUUGGUUGGAGCUGAAAAAAUGUCUAUGCAGGCAAAUGAGUUGAUGCCUCUGGAAGAUAUCACUGGGAAGACGAUGCAACAAGUGGUGUGGGAAGCUGCAUCUAGAUCCGAGGGGCUCAAGAGGUUGCCUUUGGUGAAAGAAUCAGAUGUUGGGCAUGAUUCAUUUUUUAUGGGAAAGAAAGUUGAAUUACCCUCUGAUAAGAGUUCUAAUAACCUGAACUCAAGCUCAAUGCUUGAUGAGAUAGAUUUAGAGUAUGUAUCUCUGGAAGAUCUUGCUCCUUUGGCUAUGGCUAGGAUUGAAGCCCUCUCAGUCGAAGGAUUAAGGAUUCAGUGUAGCAUGUCAAAUGAGGAGGCACCUUCAAGCAUUAAACCCCAGUUUAUUGGAAAAAACUCAGCCUUUAUACGCAAAAAUCUCAAAGUUGAUGGGGUUCUCAGUUCCGAGGGAGCUGCUGGGUUGCUACUUUUGGAUGUUGCGGAUAGUAGUAUUGAUUUUGAUGAAUUAAUGAGCCUGUCUAUAUCAUUGGAUGAGUGGAUGAGGCUAGAUGCUGGACUUCUCAACAAUGAAGAUAAAAUCAAUGAACGAAUUUUUAAGAUCCUAGCAGCCCAUCAUGCUAAGUUCACGGAUCUAAGUAGUGGAAAGUUGACAAUGGACUGCAAAUGGGACAAACUAUCUGGUGGAACAAGUGGCUUUUUAGAGAAUGACUUCACAGUAGCUCUAAAUUUGCAGCUCAGAGAUUCCUUUCGAAACUACGAGGCAGUUGGUGACUCAAUGCUUGCUUUAAUUCAGGUAGAGAGGGUUUAUGUUCCUCUGCAACAAGAAGUACGCAGCACAGUGUCAGAAAGAAGCUAUAAUAGAGAAGAGGAUGGGUUAUAUGGACAGUUGGUUGGGAUGGGGAUCAAUAUCAAAGAAGAGGAGAAAAGAAUCAAAGAAGGAGGCAUUCCUCGGUUUAAAAUAUCUGAAGUCCAUGUUGCAGGUCUGAAUGCUGAGCCAGGCGACAAGCAGCUGUGGGGUAACAGAACACAUCAACAGUCUGGAUCCCGAUGGUUGCUCUCUAGUGGGAUGGGCAACACCAACAAGCAUCUUUUUUUUAAGUCACAUGCAAUAGUAAAAUCAUCCUCACAAAUGAUGAGAAAGGUGAAUCAGGGGGAUACCUUGUGGAGCAUCUCCUCUCAUGUUCCUGGUAAUGCGGCUAAAUGGAAAGAGUUGAUGUCACUGAGUAUACAUGUACGUAACCCUGAUAUUGUCUUUCCCAAAGAAACUAUUGAGAUACCAAAAGUAUAGCAUUCCAAGUUCAAAGGAUCAAGUUGGAGCUUUAAUUUCACAAGAAGUAUAGAGGUUAAGAGGUUGCACCUUGCUGUAACCAAAAACUGAGCCGAUGAAGAUACCAACAUUGUAGAUUCACACUUGUCAUUGUGUUUUUUUGUAAUAUGUAACCAAUUGCUUUCAAAAUUUGAUCAUACUAAUGAGACUCUGUUGUGGUAAUACUUCUAGUGAAUCAAUUUUAUU